CCUCUGCAGCAGAAGAUAGUGCUAUGGUUGUGCUGGAGAACAGAGUGGUUCACCAUCACAUCAAGUACAUGGGUAGUGUCGAGGUGACCCAGUCCAUGAGAGCCCUGGACUUUGACACAAGAAUGCAAGUCACACGGGAGGCAAUCAGCAGGCUGUGUAACAGGUCAUCAGGAAUCAAGACAGCAGUAAAAAAUAAAAGGGCCCCGCCUGCUGUUCUGGGUCAGACCCACCUGCAGUUUUCUGGCAGCAGGGUCAUACUCACAGUUUCCUCCGACAGUGUCACCCUGACCUCAGUCCGCUCCUUACAGACGAUCGCCCACCACCCCAUGCAGUCCAUUUCAUUUGCGUCAGGAGGCGACCCGGACAUGGCAGAUUACAUUGCUUAUGUUGCCAAGGACCCUGUCAACCAGAGAGCGUGCCACAUCCUGGAGUGUGCCCCAGGUCAGGCUGGUGAGGUCAUCAACAGCAUCGGUCAGGCCUUUGAGACUCGUUUCCGACAGCUUCUUGGACACGUCCCCCCUGUCCUCCCUGCCUUACCCAGGUCAGUGCCGAGGAUCAGCAGGAGCCUAGAGGAGAACGCAAAGGACCAUAAAGCCACAGAGGAAGGUGGACACAAUGACUUCCGUGACUACUACAAUGAGGUCCCGGGAAAAACGCCACCUCUUGGUGGGAUAGAGGACAUGCGGAUCACACAGGAUACAAAUGAACAGAAUGCUGGGAUACAAAAGAACUGCUCCUCAGAGCCUGUUUCACUGUAUGAAAACUGCUCCAUCACAGAAGAGGCUCCAGCUCCACCUGCAGAGAGAGUGCAAUCUGAGAUCAGUGCUGAACGCUGCAACUCCCAGUCUCUGUCUGCGAAACUGAUCCGGGAUCUGAUCAAGGAGGAAGACUGGUUCCACGGCCGAUUAGGGCGAGAACAGGCCGAGUCUCUUCUGUCCUGCAGCGGGGAUUUCCUGGUCAGGGAGAGCAGCUCUGCCUCUGGCCAGUAUGUACUCACCGGCAUGGAGGGAGCAACCGUGAGGCACCUGCUCCUGGUUGAUCCACAUGGACAGGUGCGGACCCGUGACCAGGUGUUCCUGAGCGUCGGUCACCUGGUGCGCUUCCACAUGGAGAGCCAGAUGCCCAUCGUAUCUGGGAGCAGCGAGCUGUGUCUGAGACAGCCCAUCCUUCUGAGACACUGACUCUAACACACACACACACACACACACACAUACACACACUUACAGAUU